AUGGCACCUCUCCCAGAAGGAGUCGCAAAAUCCUUGGCGGAGACCAAAGUCGAGUAUAGACGUCUGGGAAACAGCGGCCUUCGUGUCUCCGUUCCCAUCGUCGGAUGUAUGAGCAUUGGAAACCCUGAAUGGGCAAACUGGGUCAUUGGUCCCGAAAAGGCCCUCCCACUCCUGAAGGCAGCCUAUGAUCGAGGAGUCAACACUUGGGAUACUGCAAACAUUUAUUCCAAUGGUGACUCGGAGAGAGUUAUUGCCCAAGCGAUCAAGAAAUAUGAGAUCCCGCGGCACAAAUUGGUGCUGAUGACGAAGGCGUACAGCUGCGUUGGAGAGCAGCAGUUUCAUGCAUACCCCAUCAUUGAGGAUCUGAAGAAAACCAAAGAUUAUGUGAACCAGUUUGGCCUCUCACGAUCGGCAAUCUUCACCGCACUGAAUGAUUCCCUCAAACGUCUGGAGACAGACUACAUUGAUGUCUUCUGGAUCCAUCGCUUUGAUCCCGACACACCAAUUGAAGAGACUAUGCACGCUCUUCAUGACCUGGUCAUUGCAGGAAAGAUCCGGUACCUCGGAGCCUCGUCAAUGUGGGCGUACCAAUUUGCCAUGAUGCAGGCAUACGCGGAGAAGAACGGAUUGACCAAAUUCAUCGCGAUGCAAAAUCGUUACAAUCUGCUGUACCGUGAAGAAGAACGUGAGGUGAUCAAGUAUUGCAACGUAACAGGUGUGGCUGUUGUCCCGUGGGGCCCACUUGCAGAAGGGCAACUUGCUCGUCCCUUGAACAUUCGAGGAACCACUACCAGGUCCGCUGGUGGCAAUGAAACACCUUCAAGCCUGCGCACUGAAUCUAUGGAAAUCAUCAACCGGGUGGAUGAGCUAGCAAGGCGCAAGCAGUGGAGUAUGUCUCAAGUUACACUGGCCUGGCAGCUGAAGCGAGUGACGAGUCCUAUCAUUGGCUUCAGCAGUGUCGCGAGGAUUGAGGAUGCUUUAUCCGCGCGCGGUAAAGAGCUCACAGCCGAAGAAGAGAAAUACCUGGAGGAGGUAUACACCCCUGUCGAGGUUGAGGGCCAUUUCUAA